AUGAUAGAUGAUUAUAUUUUAGACGAUUUAUAUGAAAAUAUAAAUAAGAAAUGGCCAUUCAAGUUAUUUUUUACAAGUGUUUUUAGCAGAUUUAACCUUUUUACUAAUAUUUCAUUGGUUCAUCGUGAUACUGUAUAUAGACAGGCUAUUUCUUUAUUUUUAAUUACAUGGGUUUUUGCUAUGAUAUCAUAUUUUUUAUUUUCAACACUUUCAUAUCUUUUUAUUUUUGAUAAACUAACAAUGAAGCAUCCGAGAUUCCUAAAAAACCAGAUACGGAUGGAAAUAGCACAGUCAUUAAGAGCAAUGCCUUUGAUGACUCUGUUUACAACUCCUUGGUUUCUUGCAGAGAUCCAUGGAUUUUCAAAAAUAUAUGAAAACCCUUUGAAAUAUGGCAAGUUGUAUUAUAUAAUUCAGUUUCCUCUUUUCCUAGUUUUUACGGAUGGUCUUAUAUAUUUAAUUCAUCGUGCUUUGCAUCAUCGUAUUCUUUAUAAAAGACUACACAAGUCUCAUCAUAGGUGGAUUAUACCAACACCUUAUGCUUCGUAUGCAUUUCAUCCACUUGAUGGAUAUUUGCAGUCGGUCCCUUAUCACCUUUUUCCUUUUAUUUUUCCUCUUCAUAAGUAUGUCUAUCUCGGCAUGUUUAUUUUUGUUAAUCUAUGGACAAUUUUAAUCCAUGACAGUGAGUUUGUAACACUCAAUCCUGUAAUUAAUGGGUCUGCUUGCCACUCCAUACAUCAUCUCCUCUUUAAUUAUAACUACGGACAAUUCUUUACUUUAUUUGAUCGUUUAGGCAAAUCCUACAGAGUUCCUGAUGUGUUUAUGGUUCAUCCAGACAGAAAAAAAGAAAAAUCUUUAAUUGAUGCUCAAAUAAUUGCAAUGGAGUCCAUCCAGCAAAUUGUAGAGGGUAAAGACGAUCGUACAUAUAUUAUUGAUAAAAAAACAUAA